AACCAGAUUAUGGAAAUUGAUGCAAUCAUCGUUAUGGGAGUGAGCGGAUGCGGUAAAACUACAGUAGGUACACAGAUAGCAAAUCAUCUCGGGUGGAUCUACAAGGAUGGCGACGACUUUCAUUCCGAGGCGAAUAUAGUGAAAAUGAGUGCUGGGAUCCCUUUGAAUGAUGAGGAUCGUCGCCCAUGGUUAGCAGCUAUAAAUGAGUACUGCCGAUCACACCCAAAAGUAGUUGUAGGAUGUUCUGCGUUGAAACGAAAGUAUCGAGAUUUGUUGCGAGACAUGCGAGACAAUGUUCGCUGCAAGUUCGUCUUUCUGAACGUUAGUAGGAAAGAAUUAGAGCGUCGCUUACGGCUGAGGAAAGAUCACUAUAUGCCAAUACAUCUCUUGGAUAGUCAAUUAGCGACAUUGGAACCGCCUUCUGGAGACGAAAACGCUCUAACAGUUGAUAUCAUUGACGAAGCUAGUGUUGAAGCGAUCGAAACACUGUUUAAGAGACUUAUCCUGACUAUGCUUCCAGUCCAAGCGUCUUGCGCAGAAAAUUCAUGAUAGUAAAGACUGUCAUAGAAUUAUUGGCAUUCAAGUGUUCUACACCAUCCUAGAAGACACCUUGUACUAGACCAUGACUUGAUCUUCAUAAAAAAAGGGCCUUGUAAACCAUUACAUCCGCUCUCUUUCAUCAAAUUUUUUAUUCGAAACAUCAGUGAGAUCUUAUAUUCUGGAUAUCAUUAUUUGUAUUAUUGAGGCAAAAAUAAAUGAGUGCUAUGUGG